CCGCUGUGCGCCGGCGCAGUCAGUGCACUAAACUGGUGAAGUCGAGUAUUCAGUGUUUGCAAGGAAGGAUGAGGUGAAGAAACCGAUCGUUGGAAAUGGCUUCAGGUGACAUGGUACCUGAGCAUGCCAAGCAACACAAGCUGAAGGAGAAGAAACUGCAGGCAAAGUCCCUGGAAGGGGAAUCGGAGGCCGAUGGCACGUUCACUUUCGAGGCACAUGAAGCUUGGAAAGAUUUUCACAACUCUUUGCGCCACUUCUACGAAGCAAGGGAACUUUGUGACAUAACGCUAAAGAUAGGCAGUAAGCUGAUACCAUGCCACAAGCUGGUGCUGGCCUGCGUGAUCCCCUACUUCAAGGCAAUGUUCCUGUCUGACAUGGCUGAAGCCAAGCAGGACCUGGUUGAGAUCAAAGACUUUGAUGCAGAUGCCAUCAGGGACUUGGUGAAGUUUGCCUAUUCCUCAAAGCUCACCCUGACUGUGGACAAUGUGCAGCCGCUGCUGUAUGCGGCCUGCAUCCUCCAGGUGGAGCUGGUGGCCAGGGCCUGCUGCGAGUACAUGAAGGCCCACUUCCACCCAUCCAACUGCCUGGCUGUGCGGACCUUUGCCGAGAGCCACAACCGGGUGGACCUCAUGGACAUGGCGGACCGCUACGCCUGCGAGCACUUCAACGAGGUGGUGGAGUGCGAGGACUUCCCCUGCGUCUCCCCGCAGCACCUGCGCACCCUGCUCUCCUCAAGUGACCUCAGCAUCGACAACGAGAAGCAGGUUUACAGCGCAGCUGUCAAGUGGCUCAAGGCCAACCCACAGCAUCACGACGCCUGGCUGGAUGAGAUCCUUUCACAGGUUCGUUUGCCUCUGUUGCCUGUGGACUUCCUCAUGGGAACUGUGGCCAAAGAAGAGAUGAUAAAACAAAACCUGAACUGCCGCGACCUGCUGGAUGAGGCCAGAAACUACCACCUUCACCUGAGCAACACAGCUGUGCCAGACUUUGAGUACUCCAUACGCACCACCCCCAGGAAAUACACAGCUGGCGUCCUGUUCUGUGUGGGCGGGAGGGGGGGAUCUGGGGACCCUUUCCGCAGCAUAGAAUGUUACUCGGUCAGCACGAACAGCUGGUUCUUCGGCCCGGAGAUGAACAGCAGACGGCGACAUGUGGGCGUGAUCUCAGUAGGAGGUAAAGUCUAUGCAGUCGGGGGACAUGAUGGCAGCGAGCAUUUAGGGAGUAUGGAAAUGUUCGACCCUGCGAAUAAUAAAUGGAUGAUGCUGGCUUCAAUGAACACAAAACGGAGAGGUAUUGCUUUAGCUGCACUGGGAGGACCUAUCUAUGCAAUCGGGGGACUGGAUGACAAUUCCUGCUUCAAUGAUGUGGAGAGAUACGAUCUUGAGUCUGACCGAUGGAGUGCUGUAGCUCCCAUGAACACUCCCAGAGGGGGGGUUGGCUCUGUGGCACUGGGGAACCAUGUGUAUGCUGUGGGAGGAAAUGACGGUGUGGCCUCCUUGUCUAGUGUGGAGCGGUAUGACCCCCACCUGGACAAGUGGACAGAAGUGAAGGAGAUGGGGCAGCGGAGGGCUGGCAAUGGAGUUGGAGAGCUGAAUGGCUGCUUGUACGUAGUGGGCGGGUUUGAUGACAACUCCCCUCUGAGCUCCGUGGAGCGAUUCAACCCUCGCACUAAUUGCUGGGAGUACGUGGCAGAGCUGACCACGCCACGAGGAGGGGUUGGAGUGGCCACACUAAUGGGGAAAAUCUUUGCUGUGGGGGGGCAUAACGGAAAUGUCUACCUUAACACAGUGGAGGCCUAUGAUCCUGUACUUAACAGGUGGGAGCUGGUCGGCUCAGUCUCUCAUUGCCGGGCUGGGGCUGGUGUGGCUGCAUGCUCCUGUCAUGUCAGCCAGAUCCGCUUUGUGGGUCAAGGAUCCAGCAAUGUUGCGGACUGCAUGUGAGCUGGCAUCCACAUCGAUGUCUUCUUCAUUCUUUCUGGGGGAGAAAUUGCGUAGUAGGGCAUACCGUAAUAAAACGCCCCACUGUGUAGUUUAACAUAGGAAAACUCUCCACCACCUGCAGAAAGCGAGAGCUUCACAAAUAUAGAAGAAAUUUUGAUCUUCUGGUGGAAAAUAUGUGUUCUUACAAGGACAUUUUGCUGGUAGUAAUUGCUACCUUUUAGAUGCAUUCCAAUUCAGAGUGCUGGAAUAUUUGUCUUGCAAAAAGAGCACAUUUCACAAUGUGGGGGAAAUAUAUUUUUGUGUUUUCCAAAUAGUCAGCACAUACUGUGUAUAUAUUUAGACUGUUUUUAUUUUAUUCUCAGAAUAGAUUCAGGGUUACAGUAAUGUGUGUGAUGUUUUUAAAACAACGGAAAAGCACUUUGAAUGUUUAAAAUGUUUGCUGUUUUUGUCACUGCUUUAGAUUUUGUAUAUACCCUAUACAUUUUUUUCUUUGGUCUAAUUCAAGCUUCAUUCCUGGUCUUGCUUUUACAAUGAGACCAAUUCUAAGAAACAUAUGACGUGAAUGCUUUUAAUUUUAUUUUACAUCAGCAUUUUAUUUGAGACUGCUUAACUAAGAAAACUGUGUGAAGGAAGCUCAAUACACAAUGGCAAAAUGUAUUUUUGUAAACUGCAGAAAGUGUUCUACAAAAUGGCUUGUGCUUUGUUAUUUGCUGUUAGUGUUCAGGAACAAGAGAGAACAGUUCAUUGUAAAAUUUUAUAUAUGCUUAACCUGUUAAUGACACUUGCAGAUGAGAAUUCCAUUCUCGAUCCUGAUUUAGAAUGUUUAAUGGUGUGAUUGUGGUGAUCACCAUAUACUUAGGGGGACGCUGGACACCGUAACUGUAGAUUAUUUCAGCACAGUUCACCACUGAGUUGGUUAUGUCACUUUAAACAAUUCCUAAUUUAUCAGAAAAUAAACUAUGACUGACUUUAAGUUUGAAACUUUCAUUUGGAUUGAGUUGGCUGGGUUGGAUUCAGUUCUGAGUUGAAUAAUUCAACUAAAGGAUUCAUAUGUGAUAAAGCAGAAAUAUUUUAAUAAUAAUCAGUACAUUGUGGCCUCUGGCUGGAAAUAAAUACAAUAAGGUUCUUCAGAUGCACUAUUCCCAGUUUAUUAUUAUUAACAAAAAAAAAAAAAGUUUUUACUUUGUGUGUGUGUGUGUGUGUGUGUUUUUUUUUUUUUUUUUUUCUCCUUUUACAGGUUUGGGAAUGAUUUACAAAAGCAGCCAAUUUAUUUUGACCCUAACCAGGGCACUUCUUCCCUGACUGCUUUACUGUUUGAAUGGGAUUGGCAGGAAGAGCAGGGUGUUGUAUCUUGUUUUUUUAUCACAUUGUUAAAUGACUAUGUAAUAAAAUCAUUUCUACUUGU